CCACGUAACAACUAGAAACAUAAAGGGCUUGCACAGUCGAGUCAUCAUGUCGUUGGUUUUUUUUAGAGGUAUAAAUUGGUGGGGGGUGUGUGUAGGUUCUUUCCUUACUCUAUAUUCACAAAACGCAAGAAACGAUAGCCUAUCCAUCAGCGACAACCAAAAGUAAGAGAGAAAAGCGCAACUAACUGAAACCAAAACGACAAUGUCCACAAGUUCAAAAGCCAUCGGAAUCGACUUGGGGACAACUUAUUCAUGCGUAGGAGUCUGGCAAAACGACCGCGUAGAAAUCAUUGCCAACGACCAAGGAAACCGAACGACACCUUCCUAUGUCGCAUUCACAGAUACCGAACGCCUCAUUGGAGACGCAGCAAAGAACCAAGUGGCAUUAAACCCCUCCAACACAGUCUUUGAUGCAAAACGAUUGAUUGGACGUCGGUUUUCGGAUAAAGAAGUUCAAAGUGAUAUGAAGCAUUGGCCGUUCAAAGUAUUGGAUGAAGGAGGGAAACCGGUUGUGGAAGUCGAGUUUAUGGGUGAAAAAAAGCGGUUUACGCCUGAACAGAUUUCGAGUAUGGUUUUGACAAAGAUGAGGGAUAUUGCUGAAGCGUAUUUAGGUCAUCCGGUUAAAGAUGCUGUUGUGACCGUUCCGGCGUAUUUCAAUGAUUCGCAACGACAAGCGACCAAAGAUGCGGGUACGAUUGCCGGGUUGAAUGUUUUGAGGAUCAUUAAUGAACCGACCGCAGCGGCCAUUGCGUACGGGUUGGACAAAAAAGUCGGAACGGAAAAGAAUGUGCUUAUUUUCGAUUUGGGUGGUGGGACGUUUGAUGUUUCCUUGUUGACGAUUGAGGAAGGGGUGUUUGAAGUGAAGGCUACAGCCGGGGAUACCCAUUUAGGUGGAGAAGAUUUCGAUAACCGUCUCGUACAGCAUUUCGCCGACGAAUUUAAACGCAAGUACAAAAAGGAUGUGACGAGUAACCCGAGGGCGUUGAGGAGGUUACGUACCGCCGCCGAACGAGCAAAAAGGACACUCAGCUCCUCUGCACAAGCUAGUCUCGAAAUCGAUUCCCUAUUGGAAGGCAUUGAUUUCUAUACGAGUAUCACGCGAGCGAGGUUUGAAGAGUUGUGUGGGGACUUGUUCCGCGCAACAUUGGAACCCGUCGAAAAAGUAUUAAAGGAUUCCAAAUUGGCUAAACAUCAAGUAGACGAGAUUGUGUUGGUGGGUGGGAGUACGCGGAUUCCCAAAGUUCAGAAACUCGUUAGCGAUUUCUUUAAUGGGAAGGAACUUAAUCGGUCCAUUAACCCCGAUGAAGCCGUCGCAUACGGUGCCGCAGUCCAAGCCGCCAUUCUCACUGGAGUCACUUCAGAGAAAACUCAAGACGUGCUCUUGAUGGAUGUGGCUCCUCUUUCAAUGGGUCUUGAAACGGCUGGAGGUGUCAUGACGACGCUCAUCCCACGCAAUACGGUCAUUCCCACAAAGAAAAGUCAAACCUUUUCAACGUACAGCGAUAACCAACCCGGUGUUCUCAUCCAAGUCUACGAAGGUGAAAGGAAACUGACAAAGGAUAACAACUUGCUCGGUAAAUUUGAAUUAUCGGGAAUCCCCCCAGCUCCUCGCGGUGUCCCCCAAAUCGACGUGACAUUCGAUAUCGACGCCAACGGCAUCCUAAACGUUUCUGCACAAGAUAAAACAACCGGCAAAUCCUCUAAAAUCACUAUUACAAACGAUAAAGGCCGGCUUUCACCAGCUGAAAUUGAGCGCAUGUUGGCUGAAGCUGAGAAAUUCAAGCAGCAAGAUGCCGAAGUGGCUGAACGUGUUGCAGCUCGAAACGGAUUUGAGAGUUAUGCUUAUAGCCUUCGAAACACGCUAUCCGAUGAACAAGUCGCAGGCAAAUUGGAUGCCGCUGAUAAAGAAAAGAUGAAACAAUGGGUUGAUGAGGCUAUUCAGUGGUUGGAUAGGAAUUUGGAAGCGUCCACGGAAGAAUACAAGGAGCGUCAAAAAGAGUUGGAGAAUCAAGUUAAUCCGAUCAUGAUGAAAAUGUAUGGACAGGGGGGUGCACCUGCUGGUGGAUUCCCUUCGGGUCCUGCUCCUGGUGGUGAAGGUGCUGGUCCGACUGUUGAGGAAGUUGAUUAAGGGAACAUUGGAAAAUGGUUGCAAGUGUUAGGAGUUUGUUAGCAGCAUCUUGUUUGCACUCUCUUAUUUCGUGUGUGUAUAUAUCAUUUUGUAUAUCAUUUGUCAUUUGUCUAGUUAACAUCCUUGAUGGAUACAAAUAUAUUGUCCUUCUUUUUGCAUACA